AUAUAUAUUCAAUUCAUGUCAAGUCUUCCUUGUUUCUCUGUUGCACGACUCACGAUUAAGGAUCACCUGAAGAAAAUCGACCCCAAUAUUUUCCUCCUGAAGAAAAGCGAUCCCAAUAUUUUCCACCUGAAGAUAAACGACCCCUGCUUGUUGGUGUCUCCAAUCUUCAGGAUGAAGAUGUGGGUGAGACUAGCUUUGCUAGUGGUUGCUACCAUACACUGUGCUUCAAGUGCUCCAGCAGAGGACGAGAUCACUGACUUACCAGGCCUCGGAUAUACUGUGCCCUUUAAACACUACAGUGGCUACUUGACAGGUUCUGAGGGCAAACAGCUACACUACUGGUUCACAGAAUCCUCCAACAACCCUAAAGAUGACCCAGUGAUGCUAUGGAUGAAUGGUGGGCCAGGUUGCUCUUCCUUGCUAGGUCUAUUCACGGAACUCGGACCGUACCGAAUUGAUCUCGAUGGCAAAACCUUAGUGGAGAACGUUAACUCGUGGAACACAGUGGCUAAUAUGCUAUUCUUGGAGGCCCCAGCCUGUGUGGGUUUCUCCUAUGACGUCAAUGGCAACUGCACCACAAAUGAUGAUGAAACGGCCUUGUCGAAUUAUAAUGCGCUCAAAGACUUCUUCACUAAUAAGUUUCCCGAGUAUCGCAACAACACGUUUUUCAUCACAGGAGAAUCCUACGGAGGAAUCUACGUGCCAACACUGACCGUUCAAGUGGUUGAGGGGCUGGAGGAUUUCCCGCUCAAUUUUCAAGGAUACGCCAUUGCUAAUGGUAUUACCAGCUGGCGGGAUAGCAAUAAUGGCAACAUUUUCUUCGGGUAUUACCACGGGCUUUACGGAGUCACACUCUGGGACAGCUUAGUUCAGAACUGCUGCGAGGGCGGUGUUGAAAGCAGAGAAACCUGCAAUUUUUACGACCCAACAGAUCCCGUUUGUCUUGCUGCUACAGAUGAGGCAUACGGCAUAAUCUACGGUGGAGAGCUUAAUAGCUACAACUUAUACGGGGAAUGCAAGACUCCUUCACAAUCAUUCCUCACGCGCUAUAUGGCUGACUUGAAGGGCCUAAGAAUGAGUCAUCACCUCGACUUGAACAGACUCAACAUGCCUAGAGAAACACCACCAUGCCUUGACUACACCCAUGUCAUCAACUACCUCAACGCAGCUGAAUUCUUGAAGGCUGCCCAUAUUCAUGAUGGUCUGCCAGCAUGGGAUGUUUGCAGUGAUAUCUUAGAUUACCGCUCAAAUUACGACACUAUGGAAGAGCAGUACAAGUACUUAACCCCUAGGGUUCACGGUUUGUUCUUCACUGGGGACGUUGACAUGGCCUGCAAUUUCCUUGGAGCGGAGUGGUUCUUCGAAAAACUUAAUCUAGAGGUUGUUGCCAAACGUAGGAUGUGGUUCUACUCGGACAAAAACUUGGUUGGAGGCUUUGUCAAAGAAUUCAAGAAUCUGGACUUAGUAACAGUCCUUGGUGCAGGGCAUAUGGCCCCUGAAGAAAAACCUGAGGCUGUACUCAAGCUUAUAACUUCUUUCAUCAACGGGGACCCUUAUUAGAAAUUCCCCAAGCUCACUGAACUCAUAAACCGUCUCUCUCUUUGCCGAACAUUAAUUGAAGCAAUAGGAUUUUAUUACUAAUUCAUUAAUUCAUGGACUGUACGGUAUCUAGAGAAGUACUUGUGAUUAUGCUUCAAUAAUAAAAGAUUACAUUAUAUAA